GUCGAUCCUUCAGGUAAUUUCUCUGCGGCCCACCUGGCGCGGCUUGCCGCAACCGGGCGGGAGCUGCCAGAGGUGCUACAGGUGGAGCUACACUUGGUCCAGCAGCAACAAGAGCUCACAGCCUACUGCGCGGGCAACGGCAUCGCUGUCAUGGCCGCCUCUCCCCUUGCACGUGGCCAGCUUUGCCGCCCCUCCCAUGGCAGCUUUCCAGAUGCAUGGCGAAGCCUAGCAGGCAUGGCAGCCAAGAAAGGCCGGAGCCAGGCGGAGAUCGCGGUGCGCUGGUGCCUUCAGAGAGGCUACAUCGCUGUGCCGAAGAGCAAGUCCCAGGGCCAUGUGGAGGCCAACGCGGCCUUCGGCUUCGAACUGACCUCUGCGGACGCUGG